AUGUUCAGCAGCGACAAGAUCCUCGACGCGUUCAUGGGCGUCGGCGAGUACGAGGGCAUGGCGCAACAGGACGGCAAGUUCGGGCUUGGGUUCAGGAGGUACAACAAUGCCAGCAGCGGCAAGAUGAGGUACUUCGGUCACUCCGGGAUGGGCGGGUCGACUGGGUUCUGCGACGUGGAGAACAACUUUGCCAUCGCGGUUAUGGUGAACAAGCUGUCGCUGGGGAGCGUCACGCGCGGCGUCAUCCGGCUCGUCCUUGAAGAACUGGGCCUGCCUGUGCCGGACGCCCGGACGAGUACUCGGCCACCGGCGAGAAGGGCCUGA